CUGAGGGUGAUAUUCUCCGUUGGUAGCAUCUGACAGACCGGAUUGUGGGAACUGCGGCUGAGGUUCAGACCCUCUUCCCAUGGAGAGAUAUCAGUUCCUCAUCUCUAACUGUGCUGGCGGCUCCCCGUUCCUGCUUCCCAUUGUUUUCAGCAAACAUAUAAACGCCAAAGCUUUGACAGACGGCUGCCUUACAUUAUCAGCCACAGACACAACCUGCAACAUGGACAUGAAGGGUUCCCUUGUUAACGGAGGUGUGCUGAUUAUACACCAAAUACACGAGGGGAAGCACCACUAUGAAGUGGGAAAUGUGGUGAAGUACAAGAAAGAGACUGGAAAGAAAAUGUUUGUGAGAAAAGGAGACAAGCUGAUGGAGAUAAAUGGGGUGGACCUGCAGGAUGUAGAACCUGACGAUCUGGCCCAAAUAAUCUCGGAAGGGAGUCCAAUGCUGACUCUGCACAAGCCAGCAAAAAUAUAUCAAGACAAGGAGCCGCUGCCCCUUGAUGAGGACACCUUGCAACCCUACGACAAGGAGGCCACUGUUCUGAAUUUCACCUGGGAGAUGACGAAGGAAGAAGACAACGAAGGAGAGGAAAAUGAUACAACAGAUUCAGAGGGAGUUGCAUGCCAAGAUAUCAACAAGGAGAAUGGAGAGAGGGACCUCCUUGUGAUACAGAUGACAAAAACCAGCAUCUCUGUGGUUAGAGGCAGGGGCUGCGAUCCCGGGAGCCCCUGUGAGGGAUGUGACGGGACAGGAUGCACCUUCAAUGACAUCGUGGUGGUGGCAGAAUCCAGCACAGUGACGCUUGUUCCCAGAGGAGAUGUCAGUUUCAGACAGGAAAAGCUGUCAGAUGUCUUGAUAAAACAUGUGCCUACUCAUCGCUACCUCAGAUGUAUCUGCUCAGAGAAGACUGUCUACUCUUCACCAAAUCCAGAGAAGAUCACCAUCUACUACUACAAGUCAAAUGCCAUGGAUAGGUUGUUCAGAGGAAUCGCGGUGGUCCUAAACCUCACGGGUUCCAACUGCUUUCUCAAGUGCUCCAAGGACGGGGACAGAGUCCUCUUAGAAACAGAGACAUGUGAAAAGGAGAAACUGAUGCAGAUCUCCAAGAAGGAUGAGUGCACCUUCUCCUUUGUCUUCUACAUGAAAGCUGACCGCACAAAACAGCGAAAAUUUGAAUCUGCGCUCUACAAAGGCUGGUUCAUCCAUUUAGCCAGCACAGACUUGGUGGAAAUGGCUGAGACGGACGGAGAAAGGGGAGAUUCAUCAUUUCUUUUUGUCAUUCAGAAGUGAGCCGGGGUUUUACUUUUCUACAGGCCUAUACUCGCUUCUUUGUUAUCACAUGACUUGUGAGUUAGAGAAAGCUCAGUCAUGAGAGAAGCUCUUUUGUUCAGCCCUUCUGGUUUUGUGACAAAUGGUAAAGUCAGUGUUUGAAGCUUUGGUUUGGAGGACGUGUGCAGAUGUGUCAUACAGUUGUUUUAAAAAUGUUACACUUCUGUUUUUGAAAUAGUUUUUGCUGUAUCAUUAUCUUUUCAAAUUAUUUGGAAAAAAAUGUUUUUGUUCAAACAAAUUCAAUUUAUAAUUUAGUUCAUUUAACUUUCCAAAUAUAUGUUAUGAAGUUUGUUAAACAGCAACAAAUGCUUUUAGAUCAUAAAUUCAGUUCUAACUGUAAAUCAUGUAUUUACCAUUUGAUCAUAAGUCAGUACAUCCGUUUAUAUAAAUCUAUUUUAUAUGAAAAAAGUUAAUGUGAUCUUAAAGUCCUUAUGAAAUCCAGUGUAAUGUUUGUUUCUCUUUCAUAUAUCUUUCCCAGCAGAGGCACAAAACCCCAGCUUAUGAAUAUUCAUAUUUAUCAGUAUGGCCUUUGUUUAUAACAGUAUUAAUUUACAAAACCCUUGUCUUCAAAUUACUUUUUAACGCACACA